AUGUCAGACAGUGAAGAAUUAUUGAAGAAAAAGAUAGAAGAAAAAGAAGUAAAGAACAAAGAGGAAAAAUAUGAUGAAGAAGAAUCGACUAAGAAUGAAGAGUCGCUGAAAAGAACAAGAAGUAAUACGGAUGAACCUUCCAAAGAGGAAAAAACCGGUGAAGAAGACCAUUCUUCGAAAAAGGCCAAGACUGAAACAACUGAUAAAGAAGGUGAGAAGAAAGAAGAGGUAAAGGAGGAUGAGGGAAGAAAAGAAUCUAAACCAAAGUUUGUGUUUGGUGCGAAGACUUCAUUUGGAUCAGGUUUUAAUGUAACUAAAAAUGCUCCAACGGAUGAAAAGGAUGACUCCACUAUGUCUUCUUCAAAACCUUUUGCAUUCGGUAAGGGUUUUUCCUUUGGUAGUGGCUUUGGAGUAUUAAGUAAGAACGAAGCUGCCCCAACGAAGAAAGACAAUGACGAAACUAACGAAAAGGAUGAGAAGGAAAAAUCGUCAACUGUACCAAUAGAAUCUACUCCUUCAGUAAAACUACAUAGGCAGGACGUCAAAUCUGGUGAAGAACUGGACGAAUGUGUGUUUCUGGCAAACGCAAAACUAUACCAACUGUCAGACAUCAAAGAAGGCUGGAAAGAAAGAGGUGUAGGAACUUUAAAGAUCAAUAAAAACAAAAAUACAAAUAAGCAUCGUAUUUUGAUGAGAUCUCGUGGGAUCUUGAAAGUUAUACUAAAUCUACCUUUGAUUAAAGGUUUCUCUGUCCAGAAAGGUUUCCCAGGCUCUUUACAAAGUGAGAAAUUCGUAAGAAUAAUCGCAAUGGAUGAUCAUAAAACUCCUGUCACAUAUGCAUUGAAAACUGGCAAGGAGGAAACAAGAGAUGAAUUAUACGAUAACAUUACUAAAUCAAUCGGGGACGAAUAA